UUUCCAGUGCAGCUGUUGGAUUCGGAUCAAAAUCCCUCCAUUUGAAGUGAAAUUCUUACAACGAAAGGAAGCAUCGUUCGGGUUUACGAGGUGAAUUUUGUACUUCCAAAAUUGUUUUUCCUGCAAAAAAGUUGGUGUUUUCCGCCUCUCAGCUAAGUGCGUAGUUCAAAAUGUGGAUUUGAGAACUUUUCGGAGCAGAAAUCCGUUCGUUUCUGCGCUUGCUUGAAUGAAAGGAUCAUCGGCUAAAAUCGUAAGUAUCGGAUCAGUAGCGUGAGUUGGAGAGAGACAGCACUAGCGAAGGUCCCGAAGUAUCCCCUCCAUUUACCAGAGCGAGAUACAAGACGGACAAAAAGUCAACGGAACACAGCGCAGCGCAAAUAAAACAAAAGUCAAAAAUCAAUCUGGACGGCUGAAAUUGCGAUUCGGGGCAGAGGCUGCAACGGAAACAAUAGACGUUUGAAAAACAAUCAAAAAUCGGCAGGAAUGGCGACAUUCAGAAUCCACGAGGAUUUGGAAAAGGAGAAUCGUGUCCUCGCAGCGAAGAGUGCUGUUAUCGGCGGUGUUACUGCGGGAGGCAAACCGCAAACGCAGCAAUUCCAGCAGCAACGGUCAACAUUUGGCGUGUUGAACAAUCUGACAAGCAAUGGACGAACGGAAGUUAACUUAGCAGGGGAGAAGGCGGUGUUGAAAGAUCCCAAGCUGAAAAUCAAGCCAACUGCAAUCGUCAAAUCCAAACAAGAUGAAAACUGCGCUGCAGCUGUUGUACAAGCAAAGGUUGUUGUGCCGAAACCAACCAAUUUUCAAGUAUACGAUGAUUCAAAGGAGAAUGAAACGUCAGCAUCCAAAAAAGACGAUUCCAUCCUCGAAGCCAAAAGAGCACCACUUCAGGAGCUCAAGAAUGCGGAACUGCUGGAAACGCCUAUGUCGGUGGGUGAUAGUUUUUCGCCCAUGUCGGUGGACAAAUCCGUCAUCCAGGUAGACGACAGCUCGCUUGUGCCACGAAAUGAUCGCGAACGCUUUUUCGAAGUGGAAGAAUAUCAGGUCGAUAUCUUGGCUUACCUCAAAGAGGCAGAAAAACGGCACCGUCCAAAGCCGGCUUACAUGAAGAAGCAGCCGGAUAUCAAUCACUCAAUGCGAACCAUACUGGUGGAUUGGCUUGUGGAAGUUUGCGAAGAGUAUCGUUUACAAAGUGAAACUCUAUGCCUAGCAAUUUCCUACAUCGAUCGAUUCCUCAGCUUCAUGUCGGUUGUUCGCGCCAAGCUACAAUUGGUUGGGACAGCUGCCAUGUUUAUCGCUGCGAAAUACGAAGAAAUCUACCCACCAGACGUCGGUGAAUUUGUGUACAUUACGGACGAUACGUACACCAAGACGCAGGUGUUACGCAUGGAGCAACUUAUUCUGAAGGUACUAGGAUUCGAUCUUUCCGUACCAACCACCUUGGUAUUCACUACUGUCUACUGUGUAAUGAACGACGUGCCAGAGAAGGUGAAAAACAUGUGCAUGUAUCUGUGUGAAUUAUCCCUUCUGGAUGCUGACCCAUUCCUGACCUACUUACCAUCAAAAAUAUCCGCUGGUGCUUUGGCCCUCUCCCGCUACACGCUCGAUCUACCCAUCUGGUCACGAAUGUUGGAAACAAAUACUGGCUAUCAACUGGAAGACCUGAAAGAUAUCAUUCUAGACUUAAACAAAGUACAUCAGAAAGCAGAAUCCUUACCACAGCAAGCCAUUCAAGAGAAAUUUAAGGCAAAUAAAUACAUGCGAGUGGCCACCAUUCCAGCCAGCGAGUUGUCUGAGGAAACCUUCGACAAGAUGUGCAAAUCGUUGGCUGCGAUAACAUCCGCUGCUGCCGAAGCGGAAGUCAGUACAUCUACGGCACCUGAAUCUACCCUGAACCACAACGAUUCAAUGCGAGAAAUGAUGUCCUCGUUGCUGUUCGUCUAGUAGAGAUGCAACUGAAUCCAACUCCCUACCUUCUAUCGACUGAUUCUCCUUCCUCGUUGUUUGUGUCCCGCUAAUUUCCAAAUGUUUCUUUUUAUGUUGUAUUUCUGUGUACAUUUUUUCUACCAGAUUAUUUGCUAGAUUCCUUUUUAUAAUUUGUUUAUGUUGAUUUUAAACGCACUCUACAAGACCGCAGCAUAUGCAAAACAUUGACGAAAUAAUAUUUCAUUAUAAAAAAUCGCCUCAAGUUAAUGCGCUACUAUGGGCAGCACUGGAAAAAAUAAUGAUUAUUGUAUUUAACUAGCAUGUGUAAGCUUAUAACAAAUAUGGGUAUGAUUACUUUUAUUUUUUAACCUUUGAGUUAUCUACGCUAGCACCUAAGACAUUAGGAAUACUAAACGGAAGGAAUGCAAUGAUUUCUCGAGCCACCAGAAUUCCACGGCGUUCAUCCCCGCCGAACUUUUAAUGGAAACAUAAUGUACCAGUCAAGAAUCUUUAUUCCUUAAGCUUGUGUAAUUUAUAAUUCAAUAAAUUAGUCGAAAUGUAA